AUGCCAGAACAAUGGAGUGAAGCAGUACUUUGCCCGAUAUUUAAAAAAGGAGAUAUUACGAAAUGCGAAAAUUAUCGCGGAAUAGCGCUGCUAGACGUAACGUAUAAGGUAAUGGCCACUUGCAUCAACCGAAGACUAAAGCAGCAUAUGGAAAAAAUAGUAGGAGAAUAUCAAGCAGGGUUUAGGAAAGAUAGAUCUACUGUAGACCAGAUAUUUAUAUUGAAGCAACUACAAGAAGAAAGAACUGCUAGAAGCCAUGCAAGAACUGGGAGUCCCAAGAAAACUAAUAAAACUGACAAAGAUGACCCUGCAGAGCACCAGAAACAGAGUCAGGAUAAAUGGUCUGUUGUCAGAACCAUUCCAAGUAAGAACAGGACUCCGGCAAGGAGAUCCAAUAUCAACUACCAUGUUCAAUCUAGUACUCGAAGCAAUAAUAAGGAGAAGUGGCAUCCACAGAACGAGCACGAUAUACGAAAAAAACACCAAAAUAUAGCCUUUGCAGAUGACGUGACAUGUAUAACGAGAACAGAAGCAGAAAUGAAGAAAAUGACAAAAAAUCUAAUCAGAGAAGCGAAACGAAUGGGUUCAGCGAUCAAUCAAGAGAAAACUAAGUUUAUGAAGAUGGAAACAAAACAAACCCCAGCAAAACCACUGAAAGUAACUACAGAAGAAGGAACAACAUACGAAUUCGAAGAAGUAAAUAGGUUCAAAUAUCUAGGAGUAGUAAUUACAAACAAAAACGAAAUGAACGAAGAGAUAGAAGAACGGAUCGCGAAAGCAAACAAGAGUGUAGGAAGAUUAAACAGAUUUCUGAGGAGUAAGAAUGUAACACGACGAACAAAAAAACAAAUAUAUAAGACAAUAGUGAGACCUACAGUCCUGUACGCUAGUGAAACAUGGACGCUAACGAACGAAAUGGAACAGAAGUUGGAAGUAUGGGAACGCAAGAUACUACGAAAGAUAUAUGGAGGUAUAAAAGAACUAGACCAAUGGAGAAGAAGAACAAAUCGAGAGAUCGAGGAAAUAUACGGAGAACCAACAAUCACGAAGAUAAUCAGAGCACAGAGACUAAGAUGGCUAGGCCACGUCGGAAAGACAAUUGGGAAAUUACAUAACCGGCAGGCGGAAUACCGAUACGCGACACAAGAGGACUCGCAGGAUAACCUGGGGCCGGUGAAAGCAGAUUUUGGACAAAACUUUGUACAUACUCAUGGCUUACAACGAUGGUAA